AUGUUCUCAGAAUAUGCUUCGCGCUUCUUGGCUCAGUCACAGUCUCGAUUCUCCAAUUUCGUCCAACAGGAUAACGAAUCGCCUCCUCGAAAUCCUAAUGAACGUUAUCAACGAUCGCAACCUCUGCGAAGUUCAAGGCAUCAUCGAGCGCUUGGAAAUCCUUAUCAGUCUUCUCAUCUCCCAAACUUUGGAUUUACUUCUCGAUAUUCCCAAGCUCCUCCUGAUGCUCCGCUAUUUCACAGCGCUUUGAACGAAUUUCAAGAAGAAGAUGAGGAACAGGAAAGAGAGAGGGAGACUGCAGAUUUCUUUGCAUUACAACGAUCACGAAGGGUCUUUGCGCCUGCGAGGCUGGAAGAAAGUGAGGAGACAGAGCGCGAUGGGAGUGAUAUAGCCCUGGAUGAUAGUAAAGAUGAAGAUGGAAAAACAGCCGACGAUCGAGAACGUCCUCGAGGUAUUAAAAGUAGUUGGACCGGCGGAAUAAAAAGUACCAGAGAGCGAGGGCGCACACCAGAAACAGUUGGAGAGGAAGGUGAUGAUGAAAGUAGGCGGCAAAGCAGUCGAGGAAGCAGUAGUAAAGAGAAGGGGAAAAUGGUGGAUGUUGGUUUGGAAUCUACAAUUGCCGACAGUGAACCGCCGAGUGAACUGGCCUACGAUAUGGGUGACGAUAAUCCUCCAGCCUUUCAACAAUUUAGAUCCGGUCCAAAAUCGGGACAAAUUCGAUUUACCGAUGAUUCCAGACGAGGCAAUGAGAGGGAUGUUGAGUCAAGUCGACAACCUGGGACUAGAUUCCCUAUACCACCGAGCGAAGCAGAAACUGUUCCAGCGACAGUAGCCAUAACUGCAAACGAAGGUCCAAAGCAUGAUAUGUUUUGGGGGUCAUUAUUCUUGAUUUGCUUGGGUGCACUCUUCGCAACUUUCUUUCUAAUAUUCCUCCACACAUCAACACCCGAGGGAGUCAUCGGAGAUACUAUCUAUACAACUCUUCGAUCCUCGUUUCACUUAUUCGCCGUCGAUACCCUAGCGUCAAUUAUCGUUUCUUUUCUAUGGCUUGCAUUACUACGAUCUUUUGUUCGGCCUUUGGUAUUCUUGAUUGUUCUCGCGGUACCAAUUAUACUGUUCUCAUUUUCGCUGUAUCCUUUGGUAUCUAGUAUGAAAGGAUCGACGGAUCGAACUGGUGUACAAGAUAGAGCUAUGAGAUGGAUGUCAUUUAUACCUGGAGCCCUUGCUUUACUCUGGUUGUAUACCAUCUACAAAGGUCGCCAAUCCUUGACCAAGGCAAUCAAUAUUCUAGAAUUUGCAUCAAGGAUUCUUGCUGCCAACCCUGGCCUGCUCGCAUUAGGAUUCGCUACAUUAGGUGCAGUCGUGGUAUGGACCUGGAUAUGGUUAGGAAUGUUUACGAGAGUGUUUCUGGGUGGCCACCUCUCGAGGUCAGGUCUCAGCUUCAUUAUUGAUGUAACGACUUGGUGGCUAGGUGUAUAUUUCGUUAUGAUGUAUAUUUGGACUCUUUCUGUUAUUGGAGGGGUUCAGCGAACUACUACUGCAGCAACUGUCUCCCAAUGGUAUUAUCAUCGUAACGUACAGCCAGGACCUACAUCUCGAGAGAUUGUUGGAGCAGCAUUCUAUCACUCAACCAAUACGAUCUUUGGUACUAUAUGUCUAUCAACUUUAUUGGCCCUCUUGAUAAGACUACCACUACUCGUUUUCCCACGAAGAUUGGUAACCGCUAUUUCAAUCAUUGCAUACUCUUUUGUACCAACACCAGUUGCUGCUCUACUCAAUCCUCUCACACUCACCUAUGCAGCCAUUCAUUCUCAACCCCUCCAAACUUCCGCACGAGGUCUAAGUCAAAUGACAUUCCUCACACCCCAAGCACCCACCACAACCCUAACCCCACGAUCAUUUUCCUCCAGGACCCAUGCCACCACCCCAUUACUCCCAUACCGCUUAGCCAAACUCCUACUCCACGCCACCCGCGUCAUUAUGUCCAUGGCACUCGGAUUCGGCGGUUGGGUCGCCACCGCUCGCCAAUUAUCCAUCAGUAUGCCUGAUGGCCCGGGUAUUAAAGGUAGCGCGUACGCUUACGUUGUAGGACUCGUUGCUGGAUUUAUUGGGUGGGGUGUUUUGGGGGCUAUGGAGGGUGUAUUGAGUGGGAUUGUUGAUGCGGCUGUUGUUUGUUGGGGGAGUGAAAAGGGUAUGGUGGGUGGAGGUGCUUAUUGUCUUGAGGCGGGGUAUUUGUUUGGUGAUAGUGGGGAGUAG